CAGCAUGAUAUAGCGUAUUAUUUUGACAUUUUCAUGACGUUUCGUUUCUCUGCCAUCUUUUCUUAUUAUCGUUGUCAUUUUAAUAUAAUAGUUGGGAUAAAAUAAAUACGGUUAUAAAAAAUGGAAGAAAUUGGAAUUAUACUACCUGAGAAGGAUGAGCAAGUCGUCGAUACAAAGGCACUCGCUGGACCUCAGUCCUUUGACGAACUUGAAUCUGAGGAUUUAUACACGAAAUAUAAGAAACUACAACGUAUGUUAGAGUUUUUGGAAGUGCAAGAAGAAUAUAUCAAGGAUGAACAAAGAAAUCUGAAAAAAGAAUAUUUACAUGCUCAGGAAGAGGUGAAACGUAUACAGUCUGUGCCAUUGGUCAUUGGACAGUUUUUGGAAGCAGUUGAUCAAAACACUGGAAUAGUUGGAAGUACCACAGGCUCCAACUACUAUGUGCGCAUCCUAUCAACAAUAGAUCGUGAACUGCUGAAACCUUCAGCCUCUGUUGCUCUGCACAAGCAUUCAAAUGCUCUUGUAGAUGUUCUGCCACCUGAAGCUGAUAGCUCUAUCUCUAUGCUGCAAGCUGAUGAGAAGCCUGAUGUCCAAUAUUCAGAUAUAGGAGGCAUGGACACACAGAAACAAGAAAUAAGGGAGGCUGUGGAGUUGCCCUUGACACAUGUGGAGUUAUAUAGACAAAUUGGUAUUGAACCUCCACGAGGUGUACUCAUGUAUGGACCGCCUGGCUGUGGCAAGACAAUGUUAGCUAAAGCAGUAGCUCAUCAUACCACAGCUGCAUUCAUUCGUGUGGUUGGUUCUGAAUUCGUGCAAAAGUACCUGGGUGAAGGUCCACGUAUGGUGCGAGAUGUCUUCCGUCUUGCCAAGGAGAACAGUCCAGCUAUUAUAUUCAUAGAUGAGAUAGAUGCUAUCGCAACUAAAAGAUUUGAUGCCCAAACCGGCGCUGACAGAGAAGUUCAGAGAAUCUUACUAGAACUUUUAAAUCAAAUGGAUGGUUUUGAUCAAACCACCAAUGUUAAGGUCAUAAUGGCUACAAACCGAGCUGAUACUUUAGAUCCUGCUCUUCUUCGACCUGGCCGCCUUGAUAGGAAGAUUGAAUUCCCACUUCCUGACAGACGUCAAAAACGGCUUAUAUUCUCAACUAUUACGGCAAAGAUGAACUUGUCUGAAGAAGUGGAUCUAGAAGAGUUUGUAGCGCGGCCAGACCGCGUCUCGGGCGCAGAUAUCAAUGCCAUAUGCCAAGAAGCUGGCAUGCACGCAGUUCGAGAGAAUAGGUAUAUUGUAUUGCCGAAAGAUUUCGAAAAAGGUUAUAAGAAUAAUAUCAAAAAAGACGAAAGUGAAUAUGAAUUUUAUAAAUAAGUUUUGUGUUAUCUCGAUAUUUUAAUUCAAAAUAUAUAAUAAAUAUGUGUAAGAACA